UCUGAAGCUGUAAUUGAACACAUUGCAUCUACUCUUUCCGUGGAUGUGGACUCUGUGAGAAGCAAAAACCUCCACACUUUCAACAGCCUCAUUUUUUUUCUUUGAGGGCAGUGCAGGUGAACCUUUUGAGUACACUUUACCUUCAAUCUGGGAUAAGUUGGCUACAUCUUCAAGCUUUAAAGAAAGGACUGAAAAGAUAAAGCAGUUUAGUAUGUGCAAUAAAUGGCGGAAAAGGGGUAUUUCUCGAGUACCAAUUGUGCAUGAAGUUUCAUUAAGACCGACUCCAGGGAAAGUAAGCAUUCUUAGUGAUGGAUCUGUUGCUGUUGAAGAUGGAGGCAUUGAAUUGGGCCAGGGGCUGUGGACAAAGGUGAAACAGAUGGCUGCAUUUGCUCUCAGUUCAAUUCAGUGUGAUGGAAUGGGAGACUUCUUGGAGAAAGUAAGGGUCAUACAAUCAGAUACCUUAAGCUUAAUACAGGGAGGACUUACUGCUGGAAGCACUACAUCAGAGUCCACAUGUGAAGCUAUUAGACUCUGCUGCAAUAUGUUGGUUGAAAGACUAAUUCCUAUCAAGGAAAAAUUGCAGGAGCAAAUGGGUUCUGUUAAAUGGAGCACACUAAUUCUUCAGGCACAAAGUCAAGCUGUGAACUUAUCAGCAAGUUCUUACUAUGUCCCUGACUUUUCUUCCAUGCGAUACCUAAACUAUGGUGCUGCAGUGAGUGAGGUGGAAGUAAAUCUUCUCACUGGAGAAACCACAAUUUUGCAAUCUGAUAUUAUAUAUGACUGUGGGCAAAGCCUCAACCCUGCUGUGGAUUUAGGACAGAUAGAAGGAGCUUUUGUUCAAGGAAUUGGGUUUUUUAUGCUUGAGGAAUACACAACUAAUUCAGAUGGGCUGGUGGUCACUAAAGGCACAUGGACAUACAAGAUCCCAACAAUUGACACCAUACCCAAGCAGUUCAAUGUUGAGAUAAUGAACAGCGGACAGCAUAAAAAACGUGUUCUUUCUUCUAAAGCUUCUGGUGAACCACCAUUACUUCUAGCAGUUUCAGUCCACUGUGCUACAAGGGCAGCUAUUAGAGAAGCCCGACAACAGCUUCUUCGUUGGACAGGGCUAAACAAGUCCGAUUCAACAUUCCAAUUGGAGGUCCCAGCAACAAUGCCUGUUGUGAAGAAGCUCUGUGGAUUGGACAAUGUGGAGAAUUAUUUACAAAGCUUGCUUUCUUAAUGCUAAAAUCAUUUCAAGCUUUUGUUUGAAUGUAUAUGGAUCUAUUUAUUGUAUAGGAUGGUAGAAUUGUGGUUGUAUUUUAGAGUAAUUAGUUUGAAAGAAACACAAGCAAUUAUAUAA